AUGUCUAGAGGAAUGGAGAAUUUGAGUGAAGAAGAUGUGGCAGCCGCGUUGCAACUUUGUUCUUUCCAGUACAUUGUUCUUGAUCCUCAAUCAGCCCGAGAAUUAGAAGAAGAGAAACAAAGGGUGCAACGCUCUCUUCCUCCUCCCAAACCCCGCGAAAAGAAAACAUUGCACUGCUUCCCUUCUUCGAGUGGAAACCAGCCGGAUGAUUUUCCUGUGGCGUUGCGUCGACUUGUGGGAAAAUAUUGCAGCCCCUCAUGGAAGAAGAGAUUGACAGAGAGUGACUUGUUGGAUACUCAGACGAGGUUACUGCUUAAACAAAGCUAUGUGGAGAAUAAAUUGUAUCCACUUUUGACUCCUGAAGAAGUUGUGCAAGUGAAGGAUGGUGGGCUUGGGGUGAAUGUUUAUGAUGGGGAGGGUAAUGUUUAUAACAUGAAGUUUAAGCUUUGGGGACUAAAGGCUUAUGUGCUAACUAAUCAGAACUGGCUUAACUUUGCCCGUGAUCAUAAUCUUGUUAAAGGGGAAGACUGGAUUACUCUUUGGAUGUUCAAGCAUUCAAGAACUGGUCAGGUGUGUUUCGCUAUAAAGACCAAACCUCUGAGCAAAGUCUCUGUUGCUUCCGGAGGGAAGAAGGUGGUUAGCAUGGAUCAGUGCGACAGCCAGAAAAGAAGCCGAAACAUUGCUUCUGAUAGGAAUGGUGAUGGCUGCAGCAACUAA